UUUUGGACAGUCAGUUCUGUGAAGGGACUACAGUACGUCACCUAGAUCUUUUCUGUAUUUGGAGUAAAGGAAGUUUUUCGACAGCUGCCACCUGUACAAAAUGAGCCCAAGAGAAGACGCCCCUGCAGACCGUGGUUUCCUCGUGGGGAUCAUAUUCUUCAUCCUUGGCCUGGGAACGCUGUUGCCAUGGAACUUCUUCAUGACGGCGUCUAUGUAUUUCAACAACAGACUCAACACGUCUGAAUGGAGCAAUGGAACCGUAACCACCAGGAAGGAGUAUUAUUUCAAUAACUGGAUGACUCUGCUAUCCCAGCUGCCUUUGCUGCUCUUCACUUUGCUCAACUCUGUUCUCUAUCAGUGGAUCUCAGAGAAGAUGAGGAUAGCAGGCAGUCUGGUCUUCAUCCUGCUCCUCUUCAUCCUCACUGCUGUGCUGGUGAAGAUCCCGAUGGAGGAGGACCGCUUCUUCUCCGUCAUCAUGGCAACCAUCUGGUUUAUCAAUUCCGCGGCCCAUCUUAAAUCUGAUGAUGCAUCUGUGAUAGAGUUUGCUAGAUUUUACCUGGACAGCAAAUGCAAGAGUUACGAGCUUGAGACGUCUAGCCGGCUGCUGCCUACAGAUGCUGUUGAGGACUCUGUGAAGAGCAGUGAUCCUAAUAAAGGUGAAGAGGAGGGUGUGAAGCAGGCCUUCAUCACGCUGCCGUCAGAAAACACGUCGUCCCCUCAGAAGAGCUCCAUCCUGCAGGUCUUUAAAAAGAUUUGGCUGAUGGCGUUUUGUGUGACGUUUGUGUUCACAGUUACACUGUCAGUUUUUCCUGCGGUGACGGUGGAUGUGAAAACUGUGUAUGGAGGGAAAUGGGAACGAUACUUCAUUCCUGUUGUUUGUUUUCUCUUCUUUAAUGUGAUGGACUUUAUUGGCAGAUCUGUCACGUUAGUAUCUAAGUGGCCCUCUAAAGACAGUGGUUUGUUCCCGGUGCUGGUGGUUUGUCGAGUGAUCUUCGUUCCUCUGCUCAUGAUGUGUAACGUGCAGGAGAGACACUACAUGCCUGUGCUCUUCUCAAACGACUUCAUGUUUGCUGCAAUCAUGGUGUGUUUCUCCGUGUCCAGCGGAUACUUUGUGUGUCUGUCCAUGACGUACGCGCCACAGCUCGUGGAGCCUAAAGAUGGCGAGAUGGCUGGCGCGUUGAUGACAUUUUUUCUGGCUCUGGGUUUGUCGUUGGGAGCAGCGUUGUCGUUCCCUCUGCGCUUUCUGGUCUGACGCUCACGAUCUCACUCUCACUCCUGAAUCCUCGGCUCUCAGGGCGUCUGCAGUUGGGCUGCGAUAAUAAAUCGAUGCAUAGCGAUUCGUGGAUCGAUUCUGAGCUUAGUUUUAGCCCUACGCUAGUUUUUAAGUCAUGCAAGUGGUUAAAUGUACUUGCACCUUUAUGCUUUUAUGACUAUGAAUGUUCCCACUGUGGACACUUUUGCAAUUCGCUUCAACCUUUUCAAACUGAAUGAAUGAUUAUUUUAG